AUGUCUGAUAGUAUUAAAGAAUUGUGUAAGAAGUACGAAGAAAAUGUGGCGAGGCAGCACGCGAGGAGCGUUGGGUUGUUUACAAUCCCUGAAUACCCGGAGUUGGAGGCUGAGCGAGGCAUGUGGUCCACCGCGCUCGACGCAAUCCUCACGACCCUGCGUUACUUGGCGCCGGCUACACUACUUACGUUAUUGUGGAGCCAACAGAAUUUCAUCUUUAAGCUACUUAAAUAUAUCAACACUGCUUUUAGAUCUCUGUUUUUCUCGAACGAAGAGCAGAAACAAGCAGUAUUGCAAUGGCUGUCAGAAUAUGGUCCGGUACGUGUAGACAACUUGAGCACAGUAUGGAGGCAUGGCUGGAUUUUGUGCGGCGUUCUCGAUACUGCACUUCCUGGCGCUUGUGCAGGCCACCCUCCUACUAGCCUCUCUCUGAAACACGCUCAAUCAAUAGCCGACCACUACCUCGGCGUCGAACCGGUAUUUUCCCGUGAGGAACUAGAGUCAAAUGAUACAUUAAGUAAAAAUCAAGAAUGGAGGCUCACUACAUAUAUAGACCGCUUACGUCAUGCUUUAUCGAAAAUUACUCCUCCUGUCUUGAAACCAAACACAGAAAAGACAUAUCCGGAGAAAACCCAGUUUACUCUCGAUUAUAUAGCGAGAGGUUCAGGAUUGUCUGCUGCCCAAAUAAACAGACCAAUGUAUUUCAAAAUAUAUCCAACGUCGCAACAAUCUAUAGAUCCUGGAGAAAUAACAGUUAUAAUUAAAGGUCCGGAAGAUACAUACGGCAUGAAAGUUGUGCCUCCAUUAUUAGGCAAGGCACAACUGAUAAGGCAGCAAUUGCUUGAUGUACGAUCACAAACGAGCUAUACAGAAAACGCUUUACCUUUAGCACACGGCGCCACAUAUUUACGCAGUUAUGGAAAAAACGAUAUGACAAAAACAUAUUAUGUACCUAAAACAAAAUAUAACAUCGAUAUUGACGUGGAAUCAACUACAGAUCACAUAAAGAUAGGUUACAUUGUAAAUUUAAAAGGUAAAUACGAAAUUUCAAUUACAAGUAAAGGUCAAAAUAUAAUCGGAUCACCUUUUACUAUAACAUCCUCUAAUAAUAUACUUGGACUACUAGAAAAAGAAAGUUUUUGUCUUGAAGACGGAGAAGAAAUAGAUAUAGUCGAUGUAAAGACUGAUAGAAAAGUUGUGCUAAGAAUUGUGGACUUCGUAACGGAAAAAAUGCUACUGAAGGAAAACGGUACCUUAGAAAAAAUCAGCGAGGAAGAAGCUAAGUACCUGAUGGAAAAUGACGUCAAAAUAGAAAACAUACCAAAUCUUAAUACCCACAACUUAAGUAAUAUCCCCUCCAUAGAAUUUAACGAAAGUAACAAGAAAUGUAAAUUUAACGAGAUCGCUAAUAAAGUUUUAAAAAUUAAUAAAGUUUGUAAAGUGUUCCAUGAUUCAAGUAAUGAUAAGGAAAAUGUAUUAAAAAAGGAAGAUGUAAAUUUUCAGACAAUGAAUCAACAAGACAUUCCGGACAUUAUAAAUUCUACACUUAAUGAAAUAAAUGUAAGCCCAUUAAUGUUAACAAACAAGCAUGAUAAAAUUAUUAUUCCAGAAAAAAUUUCUGUGUCAAUUUUAACUGAAAGAACAGAAUUAAAUGAGAUUGACAAGUUCAGCGACAAUUCUACAAAUGAUAGUAAUAUCUCAGAUAAAAAGGAUGAAAUAACACAAUUUAAAAUAUUACGUGGCACUUCAUUAAUAAAAGAUGAUAUAUCAAUGCACGCUAUAUUAUCGUCAAGUAAUCCAUUCGUAACUGAGUCGAGUAACUAUGAGAAAAAGUUGGGUGAAUGUAAAACUUCGAAGUGCGAGUCAAAAAAACCUCAAAAUGAAGAGACAUGUGAUACUUCAAUGAAAAUUACUAUUGAAAAAUCUGAACCUGUAAUUCAUAGUAACCCUUUCAUAGAUUUUGACAUUUUAGAAGCUGAUCAACCCAAAUCUUCAGAGUUUAAAAUUGUUCCAGUUGGUUCAACUUGUACAGACGAUUCAAUUUAUGUAGAUUCCAUUUCACACAAUAUGACUAAAAUAAUGGAUGACGAAUUUUCAAACCCAUUUCGAUCAAGCAAAAACCGAUUUUCAAGCGACAUCGAGCAAAGUUUGCCUGUGACUGAUUUUAUUAUAGGUGCGCCUGUUUCCUUGCCUCCAAACAUAAAAUCGCUUUCACAAGAAACAGAUACGGAACCUCUUGGUAAGACAAAUGAAAAACCAACUUUAGCAAACAGCAAUGAAGAUAACAAUGAAAUAAUGACCAUUCCCUUAGGUGUUCUUAAUCCUAACACGCAAUACGACGAAAUAAAAAAUAACAGAAAUACAGAGUCUGACCUGACAGAGUGUUCCAGUAUCAAUUCAAAUAUAACUGACGAAAUAGAUGACCGCAAUGCUUCUCCUAAAAAAGAACUACGAGAUUCUGCAUAUGUAAGUAUAGAUGAAAACCACACAUCACCAGAUAAUAAUAAUAAUGAGAACAAUACGUCAAAAGAAACACAAAGUAAACAAAAAUGUUUAAACUUCAAAUAUAUUCCUUCAAACAUUGGCCCAGCUGAAAGAGAGUUAUGGGAAAACUGUAUAGAAUUAAAAGAAGAUAAAUGUAAUAAAAUCCAUGAUGAAAUUACAAAUCUUAACAAAUGGGAUGUAAAAAAAUCACAAUUUAUGCCAAUUUUGGAAGAAAUCGAUAAAAAAGCUUCUUCAUGCACGAAGGGAGCAAAAUCUGAAAGGGCUGACACUGAUUCAGUAACAACAGUCUUUGCCGAAAUAAAUGAAUCGUAUGAUGAUUAUUUUCCAAGUUCAGAAAAAGUUAGUGAAACAAGUGAAAUUAAAAACCAUAACAGCUUGGAAGAUUUAUACGGAACUGAAAACAAGUGCGAAUAUGUCAAAUCUGCAUCUGAGAAAGAAUCAGAUGUGAUGAGACAUGGAAAACAAAUAGAGGGAAAGAUUUCUGAGAUUCAGGCACAUGUUACUGAAUCAGUUUCAGUAAGUCAGACCCUUCACGUCGAUAAAAACGAGAGUAGCAAUGGAUAUCCAAAUCGUAAUGAAGUAAUGCAUAGAGAUAAAACAUACACAAAUAUUGUUCUGGAAAAAAAGAGAUAUUGGGAUGAAAGAAUACGCUUGAUAGAAGCCAAAGAUGAAGAGUCAAGAGCACAGCAAAAGAAAAGACGUCUUUCUGCAAAACAAUUAAGACAUAAUGACAGUAAAAGAAGAGGAAAGCAAAUUGUACAAAAAUAUCUAAAUGCUAAUGAAAGUUUUCAAAAUCAAAAUAAAGUAAAUGACAUUCAACAGGUAGAGAUAAUAAAAUAUAAUAGUAAAAUAUCACAAAUUGAUGAAGGCAACAAAGGUGAUAUAAAGCGGGUCAAAAAUUGGAAAGCAUUUUGGGAUAACAAACUAGAACUUGAAAACAAUGAAAUUCAGAUAUCUUGCUUUGGAACGAAUUCUCCAAAAACCCACACUAAUUCUUCAAUUAAAAAUGAUAAUUUUGAUGAAACUGAUAUAGAUUCCAAAACUCAAGCUAACAAUUCAAAAUCCUCAAUGCCAGUAAAACAAGAAAUACCUGAAGAAGUGUUCAAAGCGUUUGAAACGAGCCCUAAGAGGUUUUUUGGAACUUCUAGAAAACAAAUUUUAAAUAAAAUAGACACUUUUUUAGGAAAACCAAAUGCCGUAGAGGAACCUUUGAUUGAUAAUACCAAAGAAACUUAUGAAAGCGGUUUGGUAUCCAGUCGAAUUUCUUUGUUUCAUAACAUAUCUCAAAAGGAAGAGGUAUCAUGGACACAAAGCAAAAGUCAAUCUUUGUAUAACAUAAAUCAGCAAAAUGAUAAUUUAAGUGAAAAUAAUAAUAACCCUAUUUUAAACCACUCAAGAUAUAGUAAAGAAAAAUCUGAAAGGGUUAAUUAUUCACAAUCAACACAUGAACAAACAAUAAAUAAUGAAAAACACUUAUCAGAGACAGUUAAAAGUGUUUCAUUGAAGGAAAAACGGGCUCGAAUAACUGAUCAAUUUUACACAAAGAGCACUGACGAAACUAGUUACCACAGAUUAAUAGAAAGUGAUUCCCCACAUCAAGGUUCUUGUGUUCAAAAGACUGUUAAGUUCAUUAAUAGACAACACCCAGAUCAGGCAAAUUAUAAUUGUAAUAACGUUUACAAACUCUCAAGCAGUAAAUCAGAAAUGGAUAUAUUCAAUAAAUUUGCAAAUACGUCGCACGAUGAAGACUUCGAUAAACACAAAUCAUGCGAUGAAUUACCAAAAAUUAAUGUCAAAAGUUUUAUAUCGUUAUAUGAAGACGUCUCGAAGAGUUCAGAGAUAAAAUCGAUGAGAAAAUCUAAUAACACAAGUCCUGAAGGUUCUGUGAAACAGUUCAAAUCUACGAGUUCAAUUUUUGGAACUCCUGAUACAAAGAAAUCCAUCGAAAAUAAUUUAAGCUUAAAAAAACAAAACAGUAUAACGCUAGAUGAGACAAAUACUCAUCAAAGAGAAUUAACAGGUGAAGUAAAUUUACAACGCUCUUCAAUUAAUAGUAUAGAGAAUUCAAAAACAAACGAUGAUUCAUUUGAAAGCGAUGAAAUUUCCAGUAAGGAUUUCGAAAAAGAAAGCACAUAUAUAAGCCUGUCAGAUAUUGAAUUAGAAAUAGUAGAAAAACUUUCAGAAAAAUCUGUUGAAACGUCACCUGAAAGAGACGUUGAUAUUGAUCCAACCGACUAUAAAUCUCGCUUUAAAAUGGCAAAGGAAUACUUUCAGUCCCUGGAAGAACUAAGGAUAAUAAAGAAACCAAACAAGUUAAACGAAUGCGAACUAUUAUUGUACAAUAAGCCAACAGAAUCUCUCACAGAAAACAAACAAACUAAACAGCGUAAAACGAAAUCUAAAUCACAUACGAUGCCAUCCUCACAAAUCUCUGAAUUUAUCAAUCAGUUACAAGAACAACAUAAUGAAAAUAAAGACCACAAACCUAUAAAGAUUUCUGAAAAAUUUCACGUUGAAGAUUUAUUUACGGACGUAAUGGAAGGUAGAUUUAGCAGACAAGGUAGUUUGAGAGGUAUUCCUCACAAAAAAGCCGUCUUAGAAGCAUUUAGAUCAAUGGAAAAUAUUUCGAAACACACAUUAAGUCCAUACGAGUUUGCUGUGACUCAUUUAAAUGAUUUCACAGUAGAAAAUAAAAUAAGAAAUGCUCAGACAUACCUUAGUGAAUACCCAUACUUACCAACAACCGACCCGUCCGAGUAUCACUCGAGAUUAGAUGCUAAAGCUUCUGGUUUAAUAUCAUUUAAAGAGCUUCUAUCCAAAAAGGUGCGAAGGAACAGUGUGCCAGAUUUAAGAAUGAAUACUUCAUUUACCGUUGACUUAUAA